CCAUCGAGUUCCUCACCUCCCGUCUGAGGAGAGUUCGGUCUCCAUGGGGAGACUGUCGACACAAGACUACAAAUUUGAACAAUCUGAGGACUGUACAAGACAGCACAGAUUUAUAAAGUUGGGACACCCCAAAGUUUAGAAAACAGAACUGCCAAAAAGAGGUCUGAGGAGAGGGGGGCCUUUAAUCAAGGGAGGCUGAAAAAAGGGCGUUCCUGGUUCUUAAAUCUAAAGCGACAGUGGCACUUGAGAGGGGCGAGGGGACGUGCAGCAUUAAUGUAAGACUAUUGUUUAACUGUGGCUGGUGGGACCAAAGGUUUAGGAUGAGGAACAGUGUGUAAAGGGGAAAUGGGGUCCUGCCCUGUCAAUCACGAACACUGGCACAGGCUGAAGGCACCCCAAGUCUUACGUGCCACGGAAAUAGCCAGCGUUACAGAUUUCCUCAGGAAAACAUUGAAGGCAAAAAACGGUGAUCACACCCAGCCCUUUCCUCUCUGCCCAGCCCAAUCUCUCCCACGUCCCCCAAAGGAAGAGAGCACUAGGUCAAACUCGUUUGUUUAUUCCUCCAUUCAAGCAGCAUUUUCUCUCUCCUCAGGGGUCUUUGUUCAACCGAAAAGGGAAGGGCCCUCGCCUUUCCGGCUGCACCGAAUAUUCUAGUCUCAGGGGCUCCCCGGGUCGCCCGACUCUGCAAGACCACAGCUCCACCGAGGGAUCCGGGCCGCAGAGAAAGCUCCAGGCCUACAUUCCAACGAGGGCGCGCGCUCGCUGGAAGCCGGAGGAGACGCUAACACCAGGGGUGGGGUGGAGGCAGGAGGGAAAGUGUCGGGCAAGAGGGAACAGGGCGCCCCUAGGCGGCCUCGGAAGGGCUGGGUCUCCCAUCCCCGAACCCCUUUUAAGGGCUUGCUGGUCCAACGCAACCGUCCCUAGUACGCUGUGACACGUGCAACCCCAAAGUCUAUCCCGCCACGGAACUGCGAGCCGCCCCUCAUUCACCAGGCUAGUUGUGGAGAGUGAAAGCACAUCUAGGUGGAAAGAUCGAGAACACAACCGGGCCCCUCCGGACAGCGUGGCAGCGCUGGCUCAAGUUCUGCGGGAGAAAAACCCUUAACGUAAAUCUUAAGUCGCGGGCUGGGGUGGUUUGGGGGGGCCUGGGGGUGUAGGGUACCGCACACACGCCGGAUGUGUCCCCGAAACGCAGCGUUGGAGACCGCGCUGGGAGGGAAUCUAAGGAGCGGCUCCUUACGGCAGCCGCGGGUGGCGGCCACCCACGGGCUGCGGUGCCAAGGCAGCCGGAGCCACGGGAAAGCGGGGUGCGGCUGGCCCCCCGACUCGGGGUGCGGGGCAGCGGGGCGGGAGGCGGAGCCCAGGUGCUGUUGAUACACAAAGACGAACGCCCGCGCCCCGCCCACUGACGCGGCUCCAGGCCGCUAUAACUCGCGCUCCGGAGGCAGCUCCACACCGCGCCACGCCGUCGCCCGCGCCACCACCCCUUAGUCUCCGCUGGAGGAUCGUGACCGCCAUUCCCCGCUUUUUUUUUCUUUUUAUAAUCUCUUGAAUAAUUAAAUCUCAGAAAGAAAAAAAAUCCAUCUCUUGUGCCUGUUGGAUUGCGGGGAUUUUCUUUUUUUUUUUUUAAUUUAAAAAAGGAAAGGAAAAAAAGGGGGGGGACUCCGACCACACUUAUUUUUGUCUCGUUUUACAAUUCUGGUGUGACCGAGACAGCCCGCGGGAGACGCUGCCGUGAGGUGGGCCAGCUCGCAGGGAGAGCACCGAGGCAGCCUCGAGGGCCAGUGCGCCGCCAAGGACAAAAGGAAGCUCGCGCCGCGCGCCGAACACCGUUCCUCCGGAUCAGCAUGAAGAAGACCGAAAUGGGAAGGUUCAACAUCUCCCCGGAUGAGGACAGCAGCAGUUACAGCUCCAACGGUGACUUCAACUACUCAUACCCCACGAAGCAGGCUGCUCUAAAAAGCCAUUAUGUGGACGUGGACCCCGAAAACCAGAACUUUUUACUUGAAUCGAAUCUGGGGAAGAAGAAGUACGAAACAGACUUUCAUCCAGGUACUACUUCCUUUGGAAUGUCAGUAUUUAAUCUGAGCAAUGCGAUUGUGGGCAGUGGAAUCCUUGGGCUUUCUUAUGCCAUGGCUAAUACUGGAAUUGCUCUUUUUAUAAUUCUCUUGACGUUCGUGUCGAUUUUUUCUCUGUACUCCGUUCACCUCCUCCUCAAGACUGCCAACGAAGGAGGGUCUUUAUUAUACGAACAGUUGGGACAUAAGGCAUACGGUCUGGCUGGGAAGCUGGCAGCCUCCGGAUCGAUUACAAUGCAGAACAUCGGAGCUAUGUCAAGCUACCUCUUCAUAGUGAAAUAUGAGUUACCUUUGGUGAUCAAGGCGUUAAUGAACAUUGAAGAUACGAAUGGGCUGUGGUAUCUGAACGGCGACUACCUGGUCCUUCUGGUGUCCUUCGUGCUCAUUCUCCCAUUGUCACUGCUGAGAAAUCUAGGAUACUUGGGGUAUACCAGCGGCCUUUCUCUGCUCUGUAUGAUAUUCUUCCUGAUUGUGGUGAUUUGCAAGAAGUUUCAGAUUCCUUGCCCUGUGGAAGCGGCUUUGAUGGCUAACGAAACGGUGAACGGCACCUUUACCCAGGCGGCUUUGGCAGCGCUGGCAUCCAACAGCACCUCGGCCGAUACUUGCAGGCCCCGUUACUUUAUCUUCAACUCACAGACUGUGUAUGCUGUGCCCAUCCUGACGUUUUCCUUUGUCUGCCAUCCCGCUGUCCUUCCCAUCUAUGAAGAGCUGAAGAGCCGCAGCCGGAGAAGGAUGAUGAACGUGUCCAAGAUUUCUUUCUUCGCCAUGUUUCUGAUGUAUUUGCUUGCCGCCCUCUUCGGAUACCUGACAUUUUACGAGCACGUGGAGUCAGAACUGCUACAUACCUACUCUGCGAUCGUGGGAACUGACAUUCUCCUCCUCGUUGUCCGCCUGGCUGUGCUGGUGGCCGUCACCCUCACUGUCCCUGUCGUCAUUUUCCCAAUCCGGAGUUCAGUCACUCACUUACUGUGCCCUACAAAAGAGUUCAGUUGGUUCCGGCACAGUGUCAUCACCGUGACGAUCCUGGCCUUCACCAAUUUGCUCGUCAUCUUUGUCCCCACUAUCAGGGACAUCUUCGGGUUCAUUGGUGCAUCGGCCGCUGCAAUGCUGAUCUUCAUCCUUCCGUCUGCCUUCUACAUCAAGUUAGUGAAGAAAGAACCCAUGAGAUCCGUGCAAAAGAUUGGGGCUCUGUGUUUUCUCCUGAGUGGCGUAGUCGUGAUGAUUGGAAGCAUGGGCUUGAUUGUCCUGGACUGGGUCCACGAUGCCUCUGCAGGCGGACAUUAACCGCCCCACUCAAACCGAACGGUCCAUCUGCCUGCCGCGUUGAGUCCACUCAACUCGCUCAGACUUCACCCGAUGCUUCGGGUCACUUCCUUCUGAAGUGCAGCCUCCUCGCUGGUUCUUCUGGAUGCAGAAUAAGUGAACUUUUCUUUCUCUUUGGUUUUUUUAAAAAGAAGCUUAUCUGUGUGUUAGGGAAUGGAUAUUAACACCAAAAACCACGAGCCUUGGGUUAAGGGAAGUGACAGUUUAUUCCAUUCCAGAGAAUGGACGGACUUUUAUCAAAGCCACAUGUCUGGCUGUCUCAUUGUUUAACUUGGAUAUUUUAUGAUUUUACUUGAAUGUGCCUAACGGAACCAUUCGAUGUGAGAAACACUUCUUAAUUUACAGCAAAGUAUUGAAAUAAGCAUUGAGAAAAACACUUAUUUUUUGUACCAAAAACAAAAAUACUUUAAAAGACCUCAGAAGCACUAUUUUACUUUGAAGAAAUUGCAUUUUUUGAACUUUAUCCAGAACCAGUUGUCAAUAAACUCCGUGAAACAAUUUCAUUGAUAUUUAAAAAUGAAUAUUAGUAUUAUGAAAUUAUUUGCCUUUUUUAUAGGCAUUAUAAGCCAAAUACUUUUUUACCCCAAAAUCAUUUUCGGGAAAAUGUUAUGCAGAGUUGCACCAUGAGUUAGCAUGGUUUUUUUGCUCAUUUCAGAUUCAUUUGAAGGACAAUUGGUAAUGGCUGCACCAAAUCUGGUGAGCCUCCCCCCGUCCAUCGCUGUCUUUGCCUCCAGAUAAUUGGUUCAUUAAAACUAAAAUGUUUGUGUCUUCAAUUAGGCUGGGAAACACUGUAGGAAAUGAAAUAACUGAUUUUGAGGUACCAAAUAGUGCAAUUGGGUAAAACAGGGUUUAUUCAGUUGCGUCUGUCCCCAGAGUUCUACUGUCAACUCUGGGUCAUGCUUUUGGGCCCAUCCUUUAAAACAUCGCUUCCAAAAGUGAAAAUGGGCGUUUGAUGGCCCGCAGGCCAAAGCGGUCCAAUAGAAAGCAGUAGAACUUUCAAAUGCUCGCCUACUGGAAGCGUGAUUUACUUGACAACACGCGGCUCAGUUGUGUCCCUGCUUGUGUCUACAGUAGAGGUCUAGACGGCAGGCUGCACCGUGCUGUACACUGCAAGCUCUCUUCAGAAAGGUCACUGGGUUUCUCAUGCAGUAAGCUUUCUAAGAACUCGCACUGGAUCGUCAUCUCAUUGUACGAUGCAGAAUUGCUUGUUAACAUGGAACAAGUGAUCAGUUAGGGAAGCAGUACGAGCGAUCGUGCCCAGUUCUGGUCCAGCUGCAUGCUUAGCUUUCCACUUCAGCUCCAGUUACAAGUGGAAGCAUUUCUUUGAGGCUUGGCUUUAAGAGCACAUUUACUGUAUGUUAACGGUGUAUGGUGAAUAUAUUAUUAAAUAAUGUGGUACUUGCCCAUCAGGCAUAAUGUCUAAGAUCUAAUAUACAUAAUUCCAUUAAGCGGUGGAGGGAAGCAAGUGGAAUCGUCAAUCGGUCAUCUGGCUCCUGAGGUUUUUCUCCUGAACUAAACUUUUUUUUUUUGGUUCGAGGCAAGGGCCAGAACAAAUGUGACACACAUGGUUUUUGUUACAGUCUUGUAUUGUAUAUGUGACUAAAUUCAUAGGCAAGAUGUGUCUGCUACUAAAGACCCUUGCAGACAGGAAGACGUCUGGUAGUGCUACGUUGGGUACAACCAAUGGUCAGUUCUGUCCCGAAGAUGAAAUUGCUGGGGACCAUGUAGACAGUGAGAAGACACUCCACCCUGCUGCUUUUCAGUCCUUCAAGUCCAGAACCUACCUUUAGUCAAAAGACUUGGCACUUCUGCUCGAAGUCCUAAAAAGAGUCGCCGCUAAGGUCUGCCAGGGGAGCUGAGGAACAGACAUCCAAGAGAAGGUGCCAUGGCAACCAGGAUCCUCCUCACAGCCGAUGAGUGUGAAGAGAGCACAACUGAAGGUUCACAAUGAAUUUCAAGCCAAAUUCCAACGCUUGGGGCUCUGUCAGCCUUGAGGUUCCUAAACCGAGUUCUCAGUCUUGAGCAGUCUUCAGUAUUAAAACCACUGUCCGUCACCUCGGUUUGCAUUGCUGUCUUCCACGGAACGUCUCAAUAACUGUACUGUUAUUUAUAGAGCAGCAUUAAUCCAUUAAAGCUAACCUAUUUUUCAAUAUUUAUGGUAAACUGUACAUACAUUGUCCAUAUGUAUCUGUAAAUAAGCUGUAUAUACUGUUGGAAUUGGGUCUUGGGUUCAAGUGUAUAUAUUCCCCCUAAAUUUUCUUAACUGCAUUUUGAUGAAUUCACAUUAUAUAUAGGUCCCCGGAUUACUUGUACAGAGAAUUCAAUAUUGACAUUGUGUAUAAUACUAAAAUUGAAAAUAACUUGUUUAAAUUGUAUUUGCAAUAAACUGGUCGGCCAUCAACACAAGUUCAGAUAUCAAACUAAAAGCUUUAAAUGAGGUGUCUAAAUUUUCAAAAUGCAGUAGGUACAACACGGCUAUCUGGUAACUUGUCAUGUGAUUUCAAUGGAAGUCACGUGGACUCCUUGUAUGUAUAUAGUGUAAAUGUCCCCCGCUGUACUGUAGAGGCUGACAGGCCACUGUGGCUUGUUGGCAGGGAGUGCUAUGCCAGUUUCAAUGAAACAAUGUAUGUUUGUUUUAACUGAACUAAAAUAAACACUUAAUCCUG